AUGGCUCCAGCAGGCCAAAUGACAUAUCAGAAAGACGAAAGAGUUCUCUGUUUUCACCAUGAGAUCUUGUAUGAGGCCAAGAUCCUUGAAGUCAGACAUACCGACCCGGACGAUCGCAAGAGCCCUUCUGAGUAUCUAGUCCACUACAAGGGCUGGAAAAAUACCUGGGAUGACUGGGUCCCCCAAGAUCGUCUUCGUAAAUUUACAGAGGAAAACAGGGAGCUGGCGACCACUCUUCGCCGGGAGGCAGAGGCCGCUAGUCGCCAGAGAAACACCAAAUCCUCCACCAUAAAGAAACGAGGCGGUUCCGAUCGCAGCUCCGCCCGGGGAAGCGAGGAACGUCAAAUGUCAGUCCCUGGCCGCGGCACCAAGAGAGCUAGGGACAAUGAUAUCGAAAAAGAGGACAAUUUCUAUGUGCGGCCGUCCGUGAGGAUUGUUAUGCCCGACAACUUGAAGUCGCUCCUUGUUGAUGACUGGGAAAAUGUUACCAAGAACCAGCAAGUCGUGGCGUUGCCCGCGAAGUCUUCCGUCAAUCAGAUCUUUGAGGACUAUACGAACGAGGAAAAGCCCAAGCGGACGACGUCGGCUGACCUCGAUGUUCUCGAGGAGGUGGUUAUGGGAAUCAAGGAAUAUUUUGAUAAGGCUCUUGACAAGAUUCUUCUCUACCGGUUCGAACGCGAACAGUACCGUGUCCUCCGCAAGAAAUGGGAGGCAGGAUCGGGAGACUUCGCCGACAAAGGACCUCUCGAUAUCUAUGGCGCAGAACAUCUUACUCGGUUGUUUGCUACGAUGCCUGAGCUGCUGGCACAGACAAACAUGGACCUGCAGUCCACCAACCGACUUCGUGAGGAACUUUCUAAAUUUACUCUGUGGCUGAGUAAAAAUUCCAGCAAAUAUUUUGCGACUCGCUAUUUGACUGCGAGCAAUGAGUAUGUCGAAAAGUCCAGGGGUGUCCCCAACCCGAAUCCUGGAACUGCUACUUCGCGCCUUGUUUGA